CCUCCCCUGUGGACAUGACUCCGUAGCCUCACUGGGUGCUCACAUGGAGGAGCCAAUGGAACUUUCCCCCCUGCGUGGCGGUGACAGGGGUCCCGCCGACGACUCGUUAAAAAAAUAUGAGCAGAGUGUUAAACUUUCAGGCAUUAAAAGAGACAUUGAGAAGCUUUGUGAAGCUGUACCUCAGCUUGUCAAUGUGUUCAAAAUUAAGGACAAAAUUGGAGAAGGCACCUUCAGCUCUGUUUAUUUGGCCACGGCACAGCUACAAGUAGGACAUGAAGAGAAGAUUGCACUGAAACACUUAAUCCCAGCAAGCCACCCUGUAAGAAUCGCAGCAGAGCUCCAGUGCCUGACAGUUGCGGGGGGCCAAGACAAUGUCAUGGGAGUUAAGUACUGCUUCCGGAAGAAUGAUCAUGUGGUUAUUGCCAUGCCAUAUCUGGAACAUGAGUCGUUUUUGGACAUUUUGAAUUCUCUUUCCUUCCAAGAAGUACGGGAGUAUAUGUUUAAUCUCUUCAUAGCUUUGAAACGGAUUCAUCAGUUUGGUAUUGUUCACCGUGAUGUGAAGCCCAGCAAUUUUUUAUACAACAGACGCCUGAAAAAGUAUGCCUUGGUGGACUUUGGUUUGGCCCAGGGAACCCCUGACACAAAAAUAGAACUUCUCAAGUUUGUCCAGUCUGAGGCUCAUCAGGAAGAUUGCCCACGAAGCAAGCACCACGGAGUCACUGGACAAAAAGGCUCACUAAGUCGCCCAGCACCCAAAACACUGGAUCAGCAGUAUGCUGCAAAAACGUCUGUCAAAAGAUCCUACGCCAAUGCACAAGUUCACAUUAAGCAAGGAAAAGAUGGAAAGGAGGGAUCUGUAGGCCUUUCUGUCCAGCGCUCUGUUUUUGGAGAAAGAAAUUUCAAUAUACACAGCUCCAUUUCACAUGAGAGCCCUGCAGAGAAACUCAUAAAGCAAUCAAGGACUGUGGACAUAAUCUCAAGAAAGCCAGCAACAAAAAAGACAACUGUAUCUACAAAAGCUGUGGCUAGUGUGAUGAGGAAAACCACCAGUCCCUGCCCGGUUGUUCUGACCUGCGACUGUUAUGGAACAGAUAGAGUCUGCAGCAUUUGCCUGUCAAGGCGGCAGCAGGUUGCCCCUCGGGCAGGCACACCAGGAUUCAGAGCACCAGAGGUCCUGACAAAGUGUCCUAACCAAACCACAGCCAUUGACAUGUGGUCUGCAGGUGUCAUACUCCUCUCCCUGCUCAGUGGGCGGUACCCAUUUUACAAGGCCAGCGAUGAUUUAACUGCUCUGGCUCAAAUCAUGACAAUUCGAGGAUCCAGGGAAACUAUCCAGGCUGCUAAAGCUUUUGGCAAAUCAGUUUUGUGUAGCAAAGAAGUCCCAGCACAAGACUUGAGGAAACUCUGUGAGAGACUAAGGAGUCUAGACCCCACCACUCCCAAGAUAGCAGUUGAUCCACCAGAGUAUGUCUGUCUAGAGAACAAUGCCCGUAAAACUUCUUCCCGAGGACAGACACCUCCAGGACAACAUUCAGAGGAUUCCUUGUGUAAAGGGGACAGUGAUGGUUGUGGGAGUCGUCCCAGGGAGUGUACUACCAACUUGGAAGGCUGGGAUGCAGUACCUGAUGAAGCCUAUGACCUGCUUGACAAACUUCUGGAUCUAAACCCAGCUUCCAGGAUAACAGCAGAGGCGGCCUUAUUGCAUCCAUUCUUUAAAGAUAUGAGUUCCUGAUGCAGUUUUCCAUUCACUGUCACUGCCAUGUGUUGUGAGGUGGGGUGAUCACAGGUUCUUGUUUGCAUCCAAGUCCAGGGAAGCAUGAAUAACUUAUUUUAAAGUUACAGUACUUGCUCUGAUGUCAUAUUGUAAGCAGAUGGGGACCUUUUCAAGAUCCAGGGGGAAACCUCUACAUGAUCUUGGAAUUAAACCACCAAGUAGAGUCAGAUCUUUAGUUCCCUGAUUUUCUCUGCUUCCAGAGCAGCCUUAGCCUGAUGCACAGGUUCAAGGAACAGGUCAUAAAGUUCACAGAUAUGACAGGGAAUAAUAAGGGAGUGAAAAUAAGGGAGUGUGUAUGGUCUACGCUGUGUGUGCAUGGGGAACUGGCUCUUGGUGGUGUACAGGAGAGACAGUGAUCUUUCCUAUUAGUGUGCAUAUAAACAAAUAAUUACUGCCGGGAUAUAGGAGAAAUGAUACCACUUCAUACAGUCAUGUCUUGUAAGUUACACAGUGUGUACUGCAGUUUCUGGUUCUUCAUUAGGUGCAUUUAUUUAUAUUGGAAACCUAAUAAUGUGCAUAUUGUUGAUGAGGCAAACGUGCUGCUUUUGCUCUACAACUGUUUUUUCACACUAUCUAGUUUAUUAAUUAGGUAACUGCUACAAGGAAAGGUAAGAGUACAGCUGGGAACACUACGGGGUUUUGUCUGCUAGGAGCAUCCAGACUCCUGCAUUUCUGACCUAAGUUGACCUUGCUUAGGUGGAUUGGGAGGAAAGAUAAUGAUGUAGACAAAUGUGCAUUUUUUACAUUCUAAACUGCCCCGUGUCUAUGAUAGCAUGCCAGGCUUCCCAGGGGUCAGGAGGGUAGACUUGCUGAAGAGUUCCCUUCCUAUAAUCAUAGGUCAUCAGUAUACUCAUUUUGCUGUUUUGAACCCUGGUAGAUCAAUGUGUAUAAACACUUUGUCUUAUGCUAUAUUUUUUUUAAAAGCUUGAAUGUUGUGGGGAUAUGUAUUUAAUAAUAAAUGCUUCCUUUUAGA